UUUCCAUAAAAUGUCCCCACAAAUGUGUUUAUUUUUUCUGGUUAUAAAUUGUUGGUCUGUACAUGUCUCAGACAUCAAUUAAGGUUUACUCUGAAAUGGGCUUGCUCAAGCUUCCAUUGCUGGUUUUACUUUUCUCGGUUUUUUCUCUUUUGAGUUUCACAGCACUCUGUGAUGACUCAGAGCUCACUGUGAAGUUCUUGAAGACUCCCCAUGCAUUCUCAAAUCUCAACUCAACCGUAUUCGUCUUUGAAGUUCUUGUGGGUGGGAGUAGCGCUUGCACAAACUGUAACAUCACUUGCAAGCUGGAUGAUGGCUUUGGCCGCAUAAUUGCGUCUGAAUGUGAAAAUGGGACGGUUUUGUGUGAAGGCUUGAAGGAUGGAAAUCAUAAAUUUGAGGUUUGCCCCAACGGGUCUCAAGGAGUUGGCUGCGGUAGCUAUAACUGGACUGUUGAUACAGUCCCGCCAACGGCAAAUAUCACCGCCUCAACUAAUUUCACAAAUAAUCUGAAUGUUUCUAUAAAUAUAUCUUUCAGUGAACCCUGUACUGGACCUACUGGUGGAGGAAGUUUUGUAUGCUCGUCUAUUAAUGACUGCAAUCUUUUGGUCUAUGGUGCUGGCCAAGUUAUACCGAACUCGCUCAAAAUUCUACAGCCAAACCUCCAAUAUUCUGUCCUUGUGGGUUUAUCAUCCACUGCUCAGUAUGGGCUAGUGAUUUUGGUAAUGAGUAAGAAUUUUUGUGCUGACAGUGCAGGGAACAGAUUUGAAAGAAACAAAAAUUCAAAUUUCUCUCUACUUUUCGAUAGACGAAGUAUCAACUUAACUACUCACGUUCCUGAAUGGCAACUUGAACUUAAUAAUGAAACUAGACUGGUGCGAGCAACUAAUAAGUGUAUUAAACUAAGGAUCUGUUUAACCUUUCCAGCACCUGUUCUGAACUCAUCUGCAGAAAUUUUAAAUUCUAUCAAGCCGAAAAUUUUAUAUUCUUUCCCAGUGAGUCAGGGCACACUUCCUCUGGCUUUACGUAAAGAAGAUCCUUGGCAUCACAGAUUUGAAUUUAAGGUUGUUGGAUGUAUAUCUGGCAUGGCUGUAGUCACAAUAAGAAUUGAUGAAAACUCUAUAAUAAGCAGACAAGGGACUCCAUUUUCCCAAGUUGAACUAAUUACUUUCCUAUUUGAUUCUCUGAGGCCUGAGGUAAAGUUGAUUACACCACCUUCAGAUUCUUUGAGGCCUGACCUAAGGUUGAGUACACCACCUUCAGAUUCUCCGUGGCCUGAUGUAAAUUUGAGUACACCAUUCCAUAUGAGGACAAGAGAACCCAGCAUUUCUAUAACGAUAAAAUUCAUGGAGCCUGUAUAUGGCUUCGACUCUACUAAAAUAUUAAUCGACGGAGGGAUAUUACUGAGCUUUCAAAAUAGAAGUGAAAGAGAAUAUGCUGUGGUGAUAGAAGCAAAAAAUGAUAGUGUAUCUCUCAUUGUUCCCGAAAACGUAGCUAGGGAUGUUGCUGGAAACAAAAAUUUACGUUCCAAUUUUCUAAUAGUAAGGCACUAUUCUGUGCCCAUAAUAUCUACUAUAAUUUCUACACUUGCAACUGCUUCAUUUGUGGCGACAUCUAUUGCUGCCGGGCUGCUUACAGUUUCAAUCGCAAGCCUUUCCUCCAUCGGGACAUUUUCAACAUCAUUUUCUUCUUUUUCUGAUCCUGCGAGUAAUCUUUUUAGAAUGGCAGGUCAUAUUCAGGUUUUUGCAUUAUCUAGAUGGUUGGCAGUGACACUGCCAGUGGAGUAUUAUGAAUUUGCCAGGGCUUUGCGAUGGAGCAUUCCCUACUUCAGUCUUCCAUGGAAAACUGGGCACACUCACUCAGGUUUUCCUGUCAACUCAAAUUCCUAUGGGUCUAAAAUUCAUGAAUCAGGAAUUUUUUCGGAUGUGCAGCAGAAGACUUCUCUUCCAUCCAAGAGGUUGCAGCCAGAUGAAUAUAUAAAAUGCUUUGAGAAUAAUAGUGGACCAGAACCUGUUUCAGAUGGGUGGGAGGAUUUUAGUAGAAGCAUGUUUUGGUUAGCCAUAAUUGGUGGAAGUUUAAUACUGCUGCAUGCUUUACUCCUUGCCAUCCUAAAAUCUAGGAAGCAAAAGCAGAGGGGUUAUGGAGUACUUGCAUUCCCGCGAUUUGAAAUAUUCCUUGUAAAUCUUGCAGUGCCUAAUAUUUGUGAGGCCUCUGCUGCUCUAAUUAGAGGAGGAACAACAUCAGGGAUUGUAGUUGGCACUCUGAUUCUGGUUGCUGUGUCUUUUCUACUGCUGGACUUGCUCUGGUUCCUUACUACCGGUAUUACAUUUGCAAAGCUAGUUCUAUACAAUGAAGAUAAUCAAGUGAUUCAAGUAGGUCAGAGAAAUCCCGGAAUAGCCCGAGUGACUUUGGGUCCUGGUAAUAAAGGCCAAUGGACAUGGAACAACGAAAAGAACUCUGAUUGCUUAACCAUGUUGGGGCCUCUAUUCGAAGAUUUAAGAGGCCCUAUUUUUGGGGGCAGUGAUGACGCACAUGGUGAUGCCCCUGAUGACGAAGCUGAAGAGGUUUCUGGUGUCUCUGACGUGGCUCCAACGAGUUCAGCACAAAGUAUGUCCCGUUCAACUAGGCCAAGUCGUAUUCCUCCGACAAGAUCAAGAACCGUAGCAACUCCGACAGUUCCAUUGACGUCCAGCACAAGUGCUGGUACACAUGGUGAUUAUCAGAUCAUUGCCCCUGAUGACAAAACUGAAGGGGUAGAGGUUUCUGGGGGCAGUGUUCAAACACAUGCAGAAGCACCUUCUAUCCAAAAACUGUUUAUGGAACUCAGAGUAUACUACACGUUGCUUGAGUCUGUGAGACGCGUUUUGCUAGGGGCAAUGGGUGGUGCCUAUAAGAAUACCUGGUCUUCUAAGAUUCCCGUUAUAAUCUUGUUAUGCAUCACUUCUUUGCAGCUCUUCUUCCUUGUUCUCGAGAAGCCAUUUAUUAAGAAAAGAGUUCAGUUGGUUGAGAUCAUCUCAGUUUCCAGUGAAGUAUGUUUAUUUGCUCUCUUUUUGGUUCUCUUGGACAAGGAAUUGUCACCCAAGCAAGCGACUAUAUUUGGAGUGUCCAUGCUAAUACUUUUCCUGAUGGGAUUUUUACCACAGAUUGUGAAUGAAUUGUAUGCUUUGCGUAGACAGAUAAAGCAGCUAGACACUGCUGAGAAGUGUUUUCGAACCGGUUUGAGGACAGCUUUAUCUGGAAUUCUUCUGCUUAUCUCACAGGAAGCCUCGGAAAACUGUUUCCCAGAAUCUUCUGGGGAUAAUAACAAUGGUGACCAAGAGGAUGAAGAGCCUAAUGACACUGGUAACCAAGGGGAUGAAGAGACUAAUGCAAAUGAAAGGGACAGGAACUCUGGGAGUAGGGACAAGAACUCUAGGAACAUGAACAGGAACAGCAACAGGAACAGGAAAAGGAACAGAAAAUUGGAAACUACUGUGCCAUAAAAAUCAUGGCUGUUACGAAUUGCAUGGGGAUUUCCUGAGAUAAUUUGAAGAUGGCAUCCAGCAACGUGACUGGCCCAUUAGAAUUGUUAUUUGAUUUAUUAGGUGCUAUCUUAGUUGCUUAGUUGUUAUUUGAUAAGCAUGUAAGGCUUCUAUAAAAGCCUAUGAACAUACUAUAUAUUGGAUUAUAUCAGAAUGAUUGUGAGAAUAAUCAAGCUUAUA